CUCAUUUUGCCAAUUAGUGAGUAGUACAGCCUAGGAAUCAGGUGCAGGCUGUAGCACUGCUGAACCAGGAUUGCCAUCAUUGAGCAUCCCGAAAACAAUGCAGUGUGGACAUCCCCUGGGACAGCACGAUCUCGCAGAAAGAGAGAGGUGACACCACGAUUUGUUAGCUCCAAUGACAAUGUAGCCUAUUGCUCGGUGAAGCGUAGCAGCAAGUUUGAUAUGAUAACUGUCUGUAUAGGAGGAGGACCCAGCCGAACAAGCGUGAGUCAUAGCGCACAGCCACAUCUUCGCUAGACCCUCGGAAGAAAAUCGAUAUUACAUGCUUGACCCAAUUAUCAUUUAGGCUACCUCCUCUGAUCAGACCUGUAUCCUGAACCGCUCCGAUCGAAGGCGCGGCUUUGUGUCACCGAGACCUGCUUGAAAUUCUUUCAUUGAUAUUCAGCCGGGUGCUUCAGCCGCACCGUGGAAACAAACAGUGGCUAAAUAGCGCAGUAAUCAACCCCCGAAUAUGAUGUGAUACCGGGACUACACCGCACCAGGGAAUUACACAAAUAGACAGGGAUAGGAUUGUGGACACCUGGUUCGACUUUGGAUCCCUACAGUAGAAGUGACUAAGAGGACUGUUUCAAUACAGGAUGGGAACCAACCCAAAAAGGACAGUGACAGUCCAAAUGGUCCCUCAGCUGGCUGGAGUGGAAGCUCUGGGAAACCAGGAGUCUAACGCCAACUGGGCUAAAGAACCUAACCUGAACCUCACCCAGGGUUGCCCUGCCCCCACCGCUACCCCUGCCCCUGUCCCUACAGAACACACACAGGAUAACCUGUGUCUGACAACCCCCAACACAACCUCCAGGAUCCAAUCAACUGGCCAUGGACAACCGGUUGGCGGCGGGGUGGGGUCCAACACCAACACACCUUUCUCGACCAAUGGCGACGGAGGGAAAUCGCCAUCGGAGCAUGUGAUUGGAAUAGAGCAGCAGAUGGCAUUGACAUGCCGAGGAGGUGUGAGUGUAACCGAGGCGACGGCAGAGGGCCGUAGGGACGGCAACGCCAACUUGACAGCGUUAACCCCCACAGCCGCCGCCGAGGAGAAGGAGAAGCAUAUCUGUAAGGCCAGCCUGUCGUCCGCCGUUAAAUCAUCAAAGGUUGACGUGCAUACGAAUUACUGCAGAGAGAAAGAGCCUGGUGGAGCAGGGGCGGGGGAGGGGUGUGCAGCCAAGCCAUCGCCAGAGCCCACAGCAGUACAGAGUGCUACAGUCAGAGUUUCUGCAGUAGCUACAGAGGAGUCACUACUAGCAGGGGACAACAAAAACGCAACCACACCAAAUCAACAUCCCCCUCAGGCCUGUGAUCCAAAGCAUACCUCGGCCUCUGAAGUGCUGACGUCUCUGACGACUCCCAAACAAGGUAAGGCAGAGGGAGCUGCAGUGACUACAAACAAGGUUGCUCCGCCUCCUUACAAAUCAAAAGAGGCUGAUAAUAGUACGACAACACAGAGUCUCUCACCUUUACCUAGCCCCGCCACCGCCACCAACCCUACUCCAUCAGAACGUCCUCUACAGGCCUCUAAAGAAAAUACGCCCAAGACAAUCUGUCAGAACCCUCCUUCCCAAACGGAAUAUAAUAAAACGGCAGCUACAUUGCAGCCGGAACAGACCAAGGAGACUGCAGUAGCUCCUGUCAAUGCUGCCAUCACCAACACCACGCCUCCAUCACCAGACAGCAAGGAAAACGUAGGGCUUAGGAAUAAGGCCUCAAGUCCGGCACCCCCCGAGAAGAAGGAUUUAAAACCUACUCCAGUAGCAAAGACGGAGAUCUGCUUAAAUAAACACCUGCAGGCGGCAUCGUCAGAGUCUUCAUCACAGAAGGAUCCUCCCUCGUCACCCAACGAGAACCAACAGAACCAACAGCCUGAGGCCCAACAGAGCCAGAACCAACAGCCUGAGGCCCAACAGAGCCAGAACCAACAGCCUGAAGCCCAACAGGGCCAGAACCAGCAGCCUGCCCACCAUGCAGCACAGGUGGCAGACGAAGCCGUCCAGACUGCCUCGGUCUCGGAGGAGAUGCAACAGAAAGCCCACUGCAAACUAUACCGGGAGGCCUCCACCAUGACCCGCACCCCCAUCGCCACCCCCACCGCCACCCCCACCCAUAGCAAGCAGGGCCAAGACGUGGAGGUCCAAGCAGUGGCUAACGUGUGCAGCCGGGCAGUCUCCACCAGCCCCAGCCUGUUUCCUCUGCCCCCGCCCUACAGGUCCACGGACAGAGGUGCUGCCCUGAGGGAGGAAGCAGCAGCUGAGAGCCUGUCUGUGGUCUACCAGGUGCCCCUCCACCAGAUUCACAUGGGCAGCAGUCCAUCCUGCCCCCCGCCACCUAACUACACCGCAGGUCUCAGGUCCGGGUCAGAGCGAUUGACCCUGGAGGCGGGGUCAUGCUCCAGUCAGAGUGCCGGGGUGGUGCUCCAUGCAGAGGAGGCGGUGGCGGCCCUCCAUGCAGAGGUCGCCAGGCUGGGGGCCAAGCCUAAAGAUCUGGCAGUCGGGGGGGCAGCAGCGCUAUGCAACAUCCAGCAGAGAGGAGCACUCCCGCCUCUGCAGCCCAUCUACCAGAUCAACAUCGAGCCGUGCGGCGGCCAAAACGAGCCGGUAGCUAAAGCGAAUCAUCACCAGCAUCGAGACGAGAAGGCAGUGGCAGACUCCCAAUCCAAGCCCAAUGCAGCAGAGAAACCAACUGUGUCUAAUGAAGCGCAGACCGUGCCAACGCAGCCUGCCAAGCCUGCCUCUGCUAAAGCUCCGUCCCCCUUGUCGCCAACUGCCGUAAGCAAGACCAAAUCCUCCGACAAUAAGGCUGCUCCUCCUCCUUCGCAGUCAACUUCUUUCGUUACCAAGCCCAGCCAGGCCUCAACGACAACCUCCAAAAAAGCAGAGGACACUAAACCCAAGACGGCAGUGAAAGCGGCGAAGGAGAGCAUCGUUAAGGGGGUUGGGGGCGUUAAGGCUUUGUUGGGCAAGAAGAAGCAGGAGCAGCUGGAGCCGGAGAGGAAGGACAAGGCGGAAGAAGACGAGGAGGGGAAACAGAAAGGUGAGAAGAGCGUGCAUGAUGUGCUGUGGGACGAGCAGGGGAUGACCUGGGAGGUGUACGGAGCAUCCGUUGACCCCGAGUCCCUUGGCUUUGCCAUCCAGAGCCACCUGCAGUGUAAGAUCAAAGAACAAGAGAAGAAGGUCGUGACCCAGUCAUCUCUCAGGAAGUCCAUCUCAGUGCCGCCGGUGGUGCCCGACUCGCCCGCCACCGUUGCCGUGGACGACGCCAACAGCAGGAAAAACAAGAGGAGGCAGCAGAACGUUUUCAGGUCCAUGCUGAAAAAUGUCAGACGGCCCAAGUGCUGCGCGCACCCUCCCCCUACCGCCGUGCUGGAGUGAGAAGGAGAAGCAGCGGCUGUAUGCAGCCCACACCAUCAGCUGAGUCCCCUAUAAAGCGGGCUGGUUCACCCCUUGUUAUGGUUCCUCCAAAUGCCAAGCAAAGUGUGGAUAUUGGGAUCUCUCCCUAACCCUACUGGUCAGAUGUGGUAUACAAUGUUACCUUAGAUGAUUAUCAACGGAAGAGGGCGAAACAAAAAGCUAAAAUAGGUUCUUGUUAUGGACAACUUAUUUUUUAGAUGAGAGAGAUUCUAACAGUAUUUAAUGAAAAAUGGCAAUAAUAAUAUCUUAGUGAAACGCAUGUGUGUUAGUACUUAUGGCAGUCAUAACUCAUUUUACCACUAUGAAGUCCUGGUGUAUACAGUACAUGGCUCUGAUCUUUGGGCGUACAUACAUAUUACUGUCAGUAUCAUACCUUUUACAGAUGUGCAACUAAAUAUCACUACUUCUCAGUGCAGUGGGUGCAUUUUGGUAUAUAUACAGUACGAUAACGUUCCGGGUGUAUUGAACAACCUCUAUUUAUAAGAUGAAUAUAUUCUUUUUUUGUUUUUUGUUGCAGAUUUUAUUUUGAAUGGGUAACUACUUAUUUUGUCUUGAUAAAGAAGAAGAAGAAAACCUCUGCUGUGCUCAUUUCCAUAUGUCUUAUAUACAAUAUAACACUGGGCCUGUGUGCAUUUAGGUGCUCUAUAUUUAGUCUCUGUUCUCUUCGUUUUGGAUUAAAAAAAACCUCAAGGUC